GCGACGAUAUCCGAAUAUUUAAAAAUUGUAGAAGGGCUCUUGGAAUUUCCGGAUAAUAUUGCAGAUUUUCAUCCUGAGAGCCACUUGCAACUGUUGAACGAACUUUAUUUUGUAACUCUUUCUUGUCAUGGCCUUUGUUCAGUUUGCAAAUUGGAUGAGAAGGUUAAAGAGAUAAUCGAAACCUGGGAAGUCAAUCUUGGAAGGACACUGUUUGGAAAUGCCGAAAAAUUGUUGAUGGAGGAAUUCAUCAAUUUUUCGACGCGUCAACAAAAAGCAAAAAUGUCGUCGCUAAAUCAAUUCAAGGAUAUACGUGCAUUUAUGAUAAACGCUGUAACAAGGCUAAGGGAUUAUUUGACAAAUGAUUGUUUGAGAAUAAUAAAGGAAUGCGUUAAAACCGAAGUUCCAAUGAUACAAAAUAGCAUCGAGGAUUUCCUGACAAUGUUUCAAGCUCAGCUUCGAAAUUUUUGGCAUUCACUCGUUAAAUCUAUGACUAAAUUCGUGUCUCCGAAAAUUCCACAACCUCAAGAUCAGCAGAUUUCACAACCCCCAGCAAUCGUAGUAUUAGUAAUGUCGCGAAUAUUAUUAGAUUUUGGUGAAAUCGUCGUAUCCCAGGUGUAUACAUCCUAUUCCGAUAGAUUAUAUCCUCAGCGUGAUAGUAAUGUUACCAUUGGAAUGAACGUUUAUGAUGGAUACAAUCAAAGAAACUUAAUUGCCAAGGAGUUUGCCCAAGAUGUCAGGGAAAUUGUUGGACUUUGCAAGGAUGUCGCUCAAAGGACCUUAGAACGCUAUGUGGAAAUUGUAGGAAAUAAAUUAUCUAGUGAUAUUCGAUACCUUUAUUCAUCGUAUACUUCAAUGUCUUUGAGCUCUAAUGGCGUUGAUGAUAGCAUAUCAAAAACCCAACCCAGCAAGGUGUCGGAAAUAUGGUUGAAAACCAUCUCUGAACUGACUUAUGUUGAAAAGGAAGCUAUAAUGUUGUAUGAAUCCCAUGAUGAAGAGGAGGAUGAAAGCAUUAAUGAAAAUUCAACAAUGCAACAGAAUAAGGGUGAUGCGCAAUCGAUGUACCUCGACCCAUCAUCGGCAAUUCGUCCUACGGGCGAACCAUCCCCGAAUGUCACCAGCGGCAACAACACAUUACUUAAACCACCAUAUUCGCACUCAAAUUCAUCAUAUUCUUCGGUGAAUUCUGGUCGAGCGAAAACAUCGCCGAAUCCUUUUGCCAGUCAAGUACACCUAAUGUCUCAUAUAGAUAAGCUGUUUUCGGAUAGAAUCGAGGUGUACGGAAUUGUGGAUUUUACAAAAUUUGGAAUUGUGAUGGGUGUAGUCAAGAUUCUGCUGAAGACAUGGAUCGAAACCAUUAGGAUGCAAACAUUGACAAAUCAAGAAUUUCAGCAAAUUCAGAUUGAUUCCGAAUAUAUGCGAAUUAAACUAUGGAAAUUUGUUGAAGAUGAAAGACUUGGGAUAAUGAAUACAAUGUUGCAAGAGUUGGCGUCAAGUGCGUUUAGGAGGUGUGCCGAAGAACCUUUGCCAUUGGAGAAUUCGAUUAUUGAAAAAAUUGUCAAUGGAUCAUAA